AUGGCGGAGGACGGCGGCGACAGGGACCACCAGCAGCAACCGGCCGCCGCGGCGUCAGGUGGCGCCGGGGUGGAGGGGCGCAGCAGGGAGAGCGUCAAGCUCUUCGUGGGGCAGGUGCCCAAGCAGAUGUCGGAGGCCGAGCUCGCUGCCUUGUUCCGCGGCGUCGCCCUCGUCGACGAGGUCACCGUCAUCCGCGACAGGGCCACCAGGGUCUCGCGAGGCUGCUGCUUCGUGAUCUGCCCAUCAAGGGAGGAGGCUGACAAGGCUGUGACUGCAUACCACAACAAGCGUACACUACCUGGGGCCUCAAGUCCAUUGCAAGUAAAAUAUGCCGAUGGAGAGUUGGAAAGAUUGGAGCACAAGCUCUUUGUUGGAAUGCUCCCAAAAAAUGUAACAGAUGCCGAAAUGACGGAUUUAUUUUCAAAAUAUGGGAAUAUCAAGGAUUUGCAGAUUUUGAGAGGUUCUCAGCAAACGAGCAAAGCUGGCUGUGCCUUUCUAAAAUAUGAAACAAAAGAGCAAGCUGUGGCUGCUAUAGAAGCUCUAAAUGGAACACACAAAAUAGAGGGUUCAAGUGUUCCCUUGGUUGUCAAAUGGGCUGACACUGAAAAGGAAAGGCAGGCUCGAAAAGCACAAAAAGCUCAAUUCCAGUCUUCUAACAUGUUGAAUGCAAAUGCUAUGCAGCAGAAUUCAGUGUUUGGAGCUUUACAGAUGGGAUAUGUGCCGCAGUACAAUGGAUUUGGCUACCAGCCACAAGGAACCUAUGGGCUUAUGCAAUACCCUCCUCUAUCUCCUGUGCAAAAUCAAGCUGCCUUCCAGAAUAUGGUUCAGCCUGUUAAUCAAGGAAGUUCGAUCCGUGGAGCUAAUUCUGAACUUUCCCCUAAUUCAGUUCCUAGAUCAUUUAAUUCCACACAGUUGGGAAGCCCCUAUUCGCCUUUGCCUGGUUUGCAGUAUCCUGGAGUGUAUCCCGGUGGUCCUAUUAAUCAUCGUCCCUUUUCAAAUUCUCACAGUUCAAACAAAGUUCAAAAUUCAAAUGCUAAUUCGCCGUCUUCAAGUCCCAGCAGCAAUCCUGGCCCCCAGAUAGAGGGUCCUCCUGGAGCUAAUUUGUUCAUAUAUCACAUUCCGCAAGAAUUUGGUGACCAUGAUCUUGCAAAUGCAUUUCAUAGUUUUGGUAGAGUACUGAGCGCUAAAGUUUUUGUAGACAAGGCAACUGGUGUUAGUAAAUGCUUUGGUUUUGUAAGCUACGAUUCUCCAGCUUCUGCACAAGCAGCCAUUAGUGUGAUGAAUGGAUACCAAUUAGGUGGUAAAAAGUUGAAAGUACAACUCAAGAGAGACAACAGCAAGCACAGUAAACCUUUCUGA